UCUAUGUAUAUGUGUAUAUAUGUAUAUGUGUGUAUACAGUAUAUGUAUAUAUGUGUGUUUGUGUAUAUAUGUAUUUGAAGAUGUUGCUAAAACGAUGAUGAUAGAGAAAAAGGCAAGAACAUUUUUUACUAUUAUUAUUAUUAUUAUUAUUAUUAUUAUUAUUAUUAUUAUUAUCAAUAAUAUACUUCUACUACUUCAUUGUAAAUGGAGGACUUAAAGUAAAGUUCUCCGAGUGGAAUACUGUAGAAUCUACAAACUGUAAUUAUUCAAUAACAUACAAUGAAAAACAAAAAAAUCAAUGGAUUAGUAGAAAUAUUUGCAUGAAUAAGGAUAAAAAAGGUUUCAUAAAUGAUUCAUAAAGAAGCAGAAAGAGGAGUAAAAAAGUCUCAGCACUGAUAUUUUGUUGUUUGGUGGAGCGAUCGAAGGGAUGACCUCGCUCUGUCACCUCCUCUUUAAUAGUUUGGGCAGCUUUUUGGUCCAGCUGUUUGUAAUUGUCUCUUAUCUCUCUAUGACACAGAUGCUGCUGUCUCAGGUCAGACCUCCAUCACCAUCCAGGUGGCUCUUUGAUUCAUUUCCUCUCCCCAAAUCUGAAAUCUCUUCAUCUCUGAAUAUCCAGAGAGCCAAAUACUGAUUGUGUUCUUGUAAGGAACCAAAAAACAUGUUAUAUAUCUUGAGUUUAAUUGCUAUCUGGUUGGCUGAGUUUGAAGACCACUACCUCCUUUAUCACCUUCCCAAAGGUAGAGCUCUACUGCUCCUAAACAAAAACAUAAUGCACAUAAUGCAGCGGUUCUACAGGAACAACGCUGAUGUCAGGCGUCUGAAUGCAUACGUGCGUCAGUCAACAUGACGUUCAAAUCUUCAUCACAAACACGUGAGCCAUCGGGUUCAUUAUCUGCCACGGCUAACGGGAUUCCCCUCAUUAAGUCCUUUAAGUGCUAAUCUGUAUAGGAGAGUCGGUGGAGUGAGUCUGGAGGUGCGAAGCAGGAGAAGUAGAGCCUGAAACCUGGACCAGCAAACGGUAGUUUACUCCCGUGAGGGUCAAAGAGCACAGGAACAACACCUUGUGUAGAGUCUUUUGUUGUUUCUUCUUGUUUUCUCUGAUUUGUUCGAAAGCUUUUGGGGAUUGUCUAGUUGCGUCGGAGGCCAUCUGCCUGGAGCUUUAUCAGGAUUUUAUGCCGUGAGCCAACUGUGACCACCUGCAUGGGUCUCAACCUGAGUUAUACCCGCCACAGGACGUGCGAUUGUGUGUGUCCUCCUGAGUUCGUCCUGUCAGAGCAACCCAACAUGAGCGAAGGAGAAAACAUUUAUACAUCCACCCAUCAUCUGUCCAAGAAGUAGGGGUGCGGUCGUUCCCUCCCGUCCUGAGAGCUCCGGUGCAUCAUGGAGUCUGUGCUGAGAGUGAAAAAGUCGCUGAGGACGCCCAUCAGGAAGCUGACCCGCUGGGUGUCGAGGGUGAAGGAGAGGAGGUUGAGUGCCAAACACAGGAACAGGAGGAGCAGACGUAGGAGAGGAGGAGGAAGAGGAGGAAGAGGAGGAUGCAGCAAGUUGGGGAGGACCCCUCUUCACCGAACAUCACACCCCAAAGAGCCGUCAAUCACAUGCGUGUACCAGGCGGACCUGGAGAAGGAGAGAAAGCUGCGGGAAGCAACGAACGCUCAGAAGAAUGCCGGGAGAGCAACUAUGAGAGAUCACUUCAGGAGGAAAUAUCAGCUGUCUGAGAGCCCAAAGGACACAAACCACCUGAGGACUGCAGGACGGAAAGUGUCGCUCCCCCGCGAGCUGUCGAAGAUCAUUCAUCCUAAAACCAAAACCAAGGACGACGGCUUCGACCUGCUGAGCGCCUUUCAAGGCCUCAGCUUCGGCACAACGGCGCUCACAGGGAGGAAACACAGCAAGACGUCCACUCCUACACCACCAACUUGUAAAGUAAUGUGAUCAAUAUGUGAUCACAGGGAUAAUCACUACACCGCCUUCUCCCUGUGUUAGUGCAGAGGAACAACAGGAGACUCUAAUACAUGAUAUAGCUGCUUCAACAUCUUACAUACAAACUCAGUCCAAUCAUCCCUGUCACACAAAACACCACGUCAUUCAGACUUUACUUUUGUACUUUUAUUUUGUCUUUUAUGCAGCAAUAAUAAUAUUCCAGAUAAUUUUAUAUCUUGUAUGAGAUGAUUCAUUUUUAGUGGGUUGAGAAUGUGUUAAUUCCCUGAUAAUAAUUAGAUGAAUACACCAGUCAGUGAAAGUUACCUGUUGUUUUAACUGAUGAUAUAAUAAUGAUAUUGAUUAACAGAAUAAUGACUCUUAUCCUAAUAAUUAGGGCUCAAUAUAUUUAUUACAUGAUCAGUUAAAAACAUGCAAUACGCUUUUGUUAAUGACAUUCAUAAUGCGAUUUUCACAUUUUCUGUAAAAGGGUUGAUCACAAUUUCACCACAGUUAGAUAAUCAUUUUUGUAAUUAUAAUAAUAAGUUGAUGAUAUUACAGUAUGUAUUAUAUAAUGUAGAAGCUACUGUAGCUAGUUUAUUCUUACUGUCUCUCUAAAUGAUAUAGAUCCAAGUGAGUGAUCUAUUCACAAGUAAGGAACCUCAGGGAAACACAAACACAUUUCUACACACAUUCACACAAGUAAUGACAUUUAAUAUACUCGUUUUGUAUGUAUGAUUAACUGAGAAAAUGGUUUUACUGUCUCUUUGUCUGUAUAUAUCUAUAUACGUAUAUAUAUAUAUAUAUAUAUAUAUAUAUAUAUAAAUUGUAUUUGUACUGAGCCAAGUUUUCAGCCAUUAGUUUCUUAUUUUUGUGAUCAAAUUUUAUUGGUUUUAAAGAUAUGCAUUGGAAAUUAUUAACAUGUUUUUUACAUAAUUUAAAACAAAAACUAUAAUAGAAAAAAUACAACAUAAUAAAAAAUAAAAUAAAAAA